AUGAAGCACGCGCCCGAUGACGGCGCCUCGGACCCGCUGCUCAAGGGUGUCUCCGACUCGUCCUCGGCUUAUACAACGGAUCAUUAUGACCCCUCUUCGGGAUUACCUGUCGAGCCAUGCGACAUGUUGGUGCGUAAGAAGCCAAAUCUAAAAGAUUCGUACUUGAAGCAGCUGGAUUACACACCACUCAUUUUUAAGAAUUUGAAGAGGAUUGGAACUUUCAUCGCUUCAAUGUCACCGAUGGGUACUCGAAGGUUUAAUGAGGAAGACGUUUUGAACGAUGCUUUUCCCUACCAUCGAUCGAUCGUUCCGUCGAAAGGGUCGAUUCGCGGUUCUGUUUUCAAUCUGGCUGGCGCAACUCUUGGUGCAGGGGCACUAUCGUUGCCAUACGCAGUCGCAGUGUCCGGUUUGGGUUUUGCCGUGGCUCAACUUGUACUGGCAGCGCUGCUAACCGUGUACACCAUUCGACUACUGAUUCGCGCAGGCGACAUUACGAAACUGAAGUCAUACGAGGACGUGGCCAUGCAUUGUUUUGGGCCAAAUGUAACGAUUUUUGUGGAGAUCAACAUCCUCAUUUUCUGUUUCGGUAUUUCUGUUGCGUACCUUGUGACGCUGGGAGACAUUAUUACUCCUCUUGGUGAACUUUGUUUCGGGCUGCAAAGCAUAUUCGCGCAGCGAUGGGUGCUCAUGACGAUUUCGUGCGCUACGAUAAUGCUUCCGCUGUCUUUAUUGAAGGACAUAAGCAGUCUACAAUUCUCGUCGAUACUGGGCGUUUUCAGUAUCAUCUUUCUCGUUGUGGCAGUGGCGAUUCGAUCGAUUAUGUACGCGAGUGCCAAUGGAAUGCCCGACGACGUUACCUGGACGAUUGAUACAAGUCGGGGCCCAGACUUCAUGCUUAGCGUGCCAAUCGUCAUGUUUGCAUUCACGUGUCAGGUCAACGUUUUCUCAAUUUACACGGAGCUGCAGCGCCCGUGCAUUCGCCGCAUGAACAAGGUGGUGGAACGUGCGACGCUGGUAUCGUUUUUGGUCUACCUGUCUAUCGGGGUGGUGGCAUAUCUAGCCUUCGGAUCUCAGCUUGUGGAUCCAAAGUACAAGGGGAACAUUCUCCUAAGUUUUCCUCUGGACGACACGCUGAUUGCAGUCAGCCGAGCCGCAAUCACGUUCACUGUGGCCGUGGCAUUUCCGCUGAACAUCUUUCCAUGCCGCUUCACUAUCGACAUGAUGUUUUUCUCGGACUCGGAGGACUCGUGGCCGCGUCAUACAGCUGUCACAAGUAGCCUUGUGCUAUUGGCGCUGCUGCUAGCAGUUUUUUGUCCCGGUAUCAAUGUGAUUUUUGGCAUCAUUGGCGGCACUUGCUCUGCAGUCGUGUGUUUCUGCCUCCCGGCUGCAUUCAUCCUAAAGCUCGAGGAUGGCCCCCUGCAUGGUCCCAAGAAGAUUGGUCCGGUGAUGUUGCUUAUCGGAGCGAUCGUCAUCGGGUUUACGGGAACGGCUGUGACGGUGUUGUCGAAUUGGCUGGUGCUGUCUUCGUGA